AUGGGCUUCAUUAAGGUUCUCGAGGCCUUCGUUGCCUGCAUCAUCCUCAUUUCCCUGAUCAGUUACGUGGGUCAACCGGCUCUGCUGUGGUGCAUCGUGGCCUACGCGGUUCCUUUGCCUCUAACCCUCCUGACCAUCAUCACCAACAUCUUGACCAAGUUAAAGAACUGUCUGCCCUUCAGCAUUGAUCGUUUCACAAUGAUUUUCCUGGUCAUAUCGGUUCUGCUUUACAUCUCUGCUGCCAUUCUCUGGCCCACCUACAGCUUCAGAGGAAACCCGCGGCCCAAAGACUGUCCGGGAAACAGCUGUAUAUGGAGCAUCCAGUUUGUUGUGACCAUCAUGACCUAUGUUAAUCUCGGCCUGUAUGUUGCUGACCUGGUCUUGACCUGCUUGGGUAUCUGUGGAUUCAAACGCUCUCAAUAG